CAAAAUCAAAUUUGUUGUGAUGAUAUUUUAACAAUUUUCAGGAGUGCCAAAUAGCAUCGAAAUUGAAACAUAAUGCAGAAUUCAAUGUACCUUAAAAAAUCAAGUCUAGACCAACACAAAGGAAUGGGGUGCAUCUAGUUACCUAGGGGGGGUCCUACGACCACAAAGGAGGGUCAUGUAAUGCGUACUAUAUACAAAAAACCAUAUUUUUUGUUUUACCGUAUGUGUUUAGGGGUUCUAAUUCAGUUUUUAGUUUCACACGUUCUGAGUCAGCACGAUUUAACUCAACCGACCUUCCAGUUGUUCAUGUUGAUCGAUCCACUAAUAAUUAACUCAUAAUUAUAAUUAUAGGAAACGGACUUUUGUUGAGGAGCUAACAUUAAUUAAGUAAUUCGCUCCGACCGACACAAUGGGUUGUUAAAUGUCCAAUGAAAGUUAUGGGCCUUGGAAAUUUACACGAAAUGUGAUUAAAUAAAACGCUAGAUAUAGAUAGAUUUUUACGACGUGACCCUAUUAGAACGUUGAUACAGAGUGGUGAACUUUGUGCAGCUGCGUGUGAUCGAACACGGAGCGUGUAGAAAUCCGUCGUCGCAUUAUUUAAAUCCUGUCUUCUGCUCGAAAACGUACCCCCAUGGUUGACGGUGCCGAAAAUUAAUCCGGCCCUGACCAUGCGCCGCGAAGCGCCAAGCUUUGAAUCCAGUAUUGCAAGGGCCCCGGCCGUUGGAUCACGUUUUCGUUUGUUGUGGUUCGAAAUACGCGGACAUGAAGUGAUUACCCUUACAAACUUUCGACGCAUGUAUUACAUGGUGUAAAAUCAAAAAAUUAUGGAUACGGUUACAAAAUUCAGGAAACAAAGUUCGGUUACGAUAUCACGGAACUUGGCCGUAUUUUUGCUGGUGUUGUUCGCAGUUUGUUUAGUAGCUACAGGACUGCUAUUCUACAAUAUAUCCUCAUGCGACACGUACAUAAACUCUGAAUCAAAAUCUCCUGUUGUAAAUUGUGACACUGAUGAAGAUAUUAGCGUAAAAGAAGAGAGUGAUGUGUCUACAUCAACCCAAUAUGUGGAAUCUUCGACCACAACUACCACCACGAGCACCAGUGAGAGUAGUGUACAGAAGACUGAACAUUUCGACAUACGAUUACCAAAAUCUGUAGCUCCACACCAUUACAAACUCGAACUUGUUUCGUUUUUGCAGGAAGGCAACUUCACUUUCAAAGGAGAAGUCGUCAUUACGGUGGACGUUCUAAUACCUUGUGAUAAUAUCACUUUACAUUCCGAAGAUUUGAAAAUCAAAUCUGUUGUUUUGCACGAUUCAAACAAAGAAAACGUGUCCAUCAAAAAUACAAGAAACAUAACAAAAGCCCAGUUCUUGAUUGUUGAGUUGCACACCGAGUUGCAGACAGGUCACUACUUUCUGACCAUCGUCUUCGAAGGAGUGCUGAACGACAUGAUGGAAGGAUUUUAUAGGAGUUCCUACACGGAAAAUAACAGAAAACGGUGGAUAGCGUCAACCCAGUUUCAACCUACCGAUGCGAGAAAAGCCUUCCCUUGUUUCGACGAACCCGCACUGAAAGCCCGCUUUCAGAUCAACAUAGUGAGAUUAAAAAAUAUGACGUCGGUUUCAAAUAUGAGGAGAACUAAAGUAACGAAAACUGUACAAAACCUUCCGGAUUACGAAGUGGAUCAUUAUGAGGAAACGCCACCCAUGUCUACAUAUCUUCUGGCUUUCAUGGUGACGGAUUUCAAGAGCAUAUCGAACGGUACAUUCUCAGUAUGGGCCAGAUCUGGUGCUGUCAGUCAAGCAAGACACAGUCUUAGUAUUGGGCCAAAAGUAUUGAAAUUCUACGAAGAAUUCUUCGGCAUAAAAUAUCCUCUGCCGAAAGUUGACAUGGCAGCAAUUCCAGACUUUGCCGCUGGUGCCAUGGAGAACUGGGGAUUAAUAACAUAUCGAGAAUCGUUAUUAUUAUUCAAGGAAGGAGUUUCCAGCAGACAAAGCCUCCAAAGAAUCGGCCACAUUGUAGCUCAUGAGUUGGCACAUCAGUGGUUCGGUAAUUUAGUAACUCCUACCUGGUGGACUGAUCUUUGGCUUAAUGAAGGAUUUGCGACUUAUGUAGAAUAUUUGGGCGCUGAUGCUGUGGCUCCAGAAUGGAAAAACAUUGACCUUUUUGUAACGGAUGAAUUACACGCCUCCCUCUCAUUAGAUGCUCUAAAAACCUCUCACCAGAUUUCAAUUCCUGUAAAUGACCCACUUGAGAUUAAUGAUAUAUUUGACACGAUAUCAUAUUCCAAAGGAGCUUCAGUGAUAAGAAUGAUGCAGUACUUCUUGACAGAUGAAGUCUUCCACAAGGGUUUAAAGAAAUAUCUAACCAGCAGACUCUAUAAGGCAGCAGAACAGGAUGAUCUAUGGAGGAGUCUCACUGAGCAAAGUCAUGAAGAUAACAUUUUGCACAAGAACGUAACUGUUAAAGAUAUAAUGGAUACAUGGACCCUUCAAACCGGUUAUCCUGUUGUAACAGUUAAAAGAAAUUAUAAAGAGAAUAGGGUUACUUUCGAACAGGAACGAUUUUACAAAAAUGACGAAAACAAAGGAAAUGAUAGUGUUCUGUGGUGGGUUCCCAUUACUUUUACUGAUAAAACUGGGGUUGUCAAAAGAACAUGGCUUGAAAAGCAAAGACAAACAGUUAUAACUAACACUGACAUAAGUAGUGAUGAUUGGUUACUUGUAAACGUUAAUCAAACUGGUUACUACAGAGUAAACUAUGACAUAAACAACUGGAAAAUCAUAAUAGACCAAUUAAGAAAAAAGGACGGUCAUUUAGUAUUUGAUCCAAAAAAUCGUGCCCAAAUUAUAAAUGAUUUACUCAAUUUGGCGUAUUCAGGUUAUGUCAGCUACGAUUUAGCCUUGAACGCUACUUUAUAUUUGCAUCAGGAAAGAGAGUAUCUACCUUGGAAAACUGGGUGGAACAAUUUGCAAUUUUUGAAUUUAAUGUUUCAGAGAUCUGUCCAUUUUGAUAAGUAUAAGAACUACAUGUUAAGUUUAACUAAAGGUUUCUAUAAAGAACUUGGUUUUAAUGAAAUCAAAGAUCCAAUAAUGAUGUUAAAUCAGUUAGAACUUAUCAACUUAGCUUGUGAGUUAGGAAUGAGAGAAUGUAUAAUUAAAGCAGUACAACUAUUCCAAAACUGGAAAAACUCUGCUAAUCCCGAUGCUGACAAUACAAUUCCUCGCGACUUAAGAUCAACAGUAUAUUGUACAGCUAUUGGUGACGGAGGACAAGAAGAAUGGGAUUUCACGUGGCAAAGAUAUUUAAAAACAAAUGUUGCUAGUGAAAAAGAACUUUUAUUAACUGCAUUAGGUUGCACUAAAGAGGUUUGGUUAUUACAUCGUUACCUGGAAUGGUCCAUUACAGAAAACAGUGGUAUUAGAAAACAUGAUACUUCACUGGUCUUCGUUUCCGUUUCUGCAAAUCCUAUUGGCUUUGAUUUAACUUACAGAUUUCUUAAAACCAACUGGGAUAGAAUACGGACCUAUCUUGGCCCAUUGUCUCCAUUUUUGGGAACAAUUAUAUCAACUUCUAUCACGCACAUGAAUACCGAAAUGGAAGUAAAUGACUUUAAAGCAUUCCUUAAUCUCAAAUAUGAUGAAUUAGGACUAGCUCUCAGAUCAACUCUACAGACCCUAGAAGAAUGUGAAGCCAAUGUCAAGUGGAUGAACAAAUAUUUUAAUAGUGUGGUGAACUGGUUAUCAAAAGCAGUCAUAUAACUGGAGUCUGAUAAAAAUGUAGAUACUUAAUAUUUAUUUUAUUAUAAAUAACAUAUAUUUAAUUCGACAAUAGUCGUAUUAAUUAACAAUAAGUGUAAUGCACCUAAUUUAUUUAGGAUUUAAUUAUUUGUAAUGUUAUAAAUAAAUAUUCAUGAAAUAAAACAAUAAAUAAAUACUUAUAUAAC